UCUGGGGGAUUUUGCUGACACUAUUGCUGUUUCUAAAAAUGCCUCUAUAUGUGCCUACCUACACAGCUGUGGUCCCUUGUCUAGACCCAAGAGCACACGGAGCACAGUGUGUUUGUGCGCGUGAGCGUGCAGGGUGGUGAGGAGGCGAGUGUCGGGGUGCGAGGGCAGCCAUGUGGGGUGAGCAGGGGAAGCCAGCCGGGGCAGCAGGGCUGGCGAUGCCCCGACACCCCCCGGCAUCCUCCUCCCGCUCCCCUUGUGCUGCCCCCGUGCCCCCUCAGCACCUCCCACCUGUGCGCCCAGGGCUGGAGCCAGCACCUGAGCCUGCAGCGGGAGGGCGGCUGACGGCACCCACGCCACGGGCUCCUGCCCUCCCCCAGCCUGGUGAGUCCGGGUGUUUUCCUGUUUGCCUCUUACCUUUUGCACUGAUCCCGGGGACAGGGGCAGUGAGAGCCAGGCUGCUGUCCCUGCAGGAGCCAGCCUCUGCCCGCUCACAGCCCCGGGGUAUUACCACGGGGGCUUUCCAAGGCUGACAUCUUCCUAAUUCUCUUUCCCCAGGAGGGGCUGGAGCCCUGCACCCAGCCGUGCUUUGCUGCCAGAAAAACUACAAAUAAGGAAGAAAUAAGUGCCAAGGACAGAAGAACAAGAUGUUGGUGCUGUCUAACAACACAGCCCUGAAUUCAUUCCUCUCCAAGCUGCUUCAAGACUACCUGGAGCAGAUGAAUAGCUCUGCACCUUCCCAGGUCCAAAGUGCCAGCAGCAACCUGGAAAUCGUCUACGUGCUGCUGCUGGUCGGCCUCUUUGGCUUCUUCACAGUGGGAGUCAUGCUGACCAACAUCCUCAGCAGGAGGCUGGAGGACUCCCACGACCCCUACAACACCUACAUUGCCACAGACAUUUGGCACAAGAAGGACAGGGAGUAUUUUCAAGCCAAGCUCACAGAAAAUUACAAGCUGUGCUGUGUCUUUGAAAACAGGCUGGCCGUGGAGCAGCCAAGCACGCAGAUUCCUGAGGCGAAGUCUUCCUAGCAAAAUGGGAGAAAGGAUUGCACUUUGCACAGGGGCAACCUGAAUGAUACCCGGUAUGAACCAGGCUAGCUGCUUGCCCGUCUGCAGAGCCGCAGGCAAUGGCCUCGAUCACGCUGAAUAACUGCGAACUGAUGGUAAAGCUGAUGGGUCUCUGAUGGCUCUGGUGAUGCAAAAGUGCCCGGCCACUACUACCUUGUUGGAAUCACUCUAAGGUCAAGAAGGGGGGACACAGCAGGUGUAUCAUGGAUUCAACAGCUUCACCUGGUGAAAAAAGCAAAUGUUGGCCUUCAUUGCCAGUGUGAACGCUUGCAGUAGUCCAUGUAAUUAAAACCAAAUUGGAUCAAACAUAUGCUAGAGGCAUUAACAGCCAAGUAUGGUUUGGGCAAUAAUUUUCAAGUAAGACCAGUUUCUUCCAAGAAAAAGUAGCUGAAAUAUUUCAUUUGCAUUUUUGUCUAGCAUAGAAUAAUAAUUUUAUAAAGUGUACAAUGUUGUGGAUGACCUGUUUCUUCCAGAAUCAUGUACCUCUUUGAGAUUAAGUUUUAGAAAAAGAUUACAGUUUUUUUGCUGAAAACCAUUUCUGUGGAAAAAUGCAGACUUUGGAGGGAAAUUUUUCUGUGACUGUCCCAAAUUCCUAGCAGGUAUCCCAGACCGGUCUUGCUCCCUUUUGGUUUUCUUUCUCACGGAUAGGGGUUCAUUCUGGCAGCAAAACCCACCCUUGUACAAAGAUUCAGCAGCCCACAGGGUCUAUACCAUGCAAGUGUGUAACAUUUCAAGAGUUUCAAUCACGUUUGAUUAUUGCACAAGACCCUUGGAUGGAAUGUGAAUUUCCAUUCUGUGAAGAGCAGUUCCACAAACUGUCUGAUAUUUAAUCACCUUCAUAGCUUAUGUCUGUGCUUAACGUGAAUCCUGUGAGCACUUGCUCCAUCUCCCAGGAGCAGCCUCCUUCGGUACAGCUGUUCAUCUAUCGCGGUACCCAACGCGAGGUCCAUGCCAGCAAGGUUUUCCUGUCCUUGGCCUCCUCGCUCCCUCCUUCGGCGGGGCAAUGUCUGCCGAGCCGUGGGGGGACGGCGGCAGCCGAACUCGUCUUGUGUGGCGGCAGCUAUCAGCCGUCUCUGUCAAAAGGGAGAAAUAUGGCUCCCUGGACAUUGCGUUACUCAGAAAAGCAACCUUGCCAGCUUGAAGCCUGUUUUCUUGUUUGGGAUCAAAGAAGAAAUGGUCUGGGUGGGAGGGGGGUUUUAUUUCUGCUCUGCAGAUACACAUCCCAUUUUUAGUUUCUGGAGAGGAAAGAGGAGUGGGAAAGGCUUGAAAGAAAGUCAUGCAGAGCAGCCGCUUCAAAGGCAAGGCGAGGGCAGAGCGGGGGCAGAGCGGGGGCAGAUAGCUACCCACAUAUUUGGACGGACAAGCGAUACAAGUCACGGAACAUCCCCUUUCCAUACAUAAGUACUUUUUUAGCACUGCUCUUUCAUUAAAGUAAUAUUCUAGCCAUGUUUGUGCUCCCAGAAUACUUAAGACAAUUAAAAAUGCAGGGUAUUUUUUUUUAAAAUACAUUUAUAUGAUGCCCACCAUUAAGCUGAGGAGAAGAUACAUGUUUGCAGUGUCUUGAACAGCUUGGAAAAUCUCCAUCAGCUUAAUUAUCUGAGUCACUUUUUCCUCUAGAGGAAUGUAAACCAAAGCCAGGCUUUGGAAAAAUGUUGACUUCUCAGCUUGGGCACUGCUCUUUUGGGAUCUCACUGUGUAGUCAGUUUAUUACUUGCGUUUCCCUCCAGCUGUGAGAGUGCAAAUGCUCUUGCUUGCUGGUUCUCCAGAGGCAGGCCUGUGCAGCAUUGCUGACAAUGUUUAAACUUGCAUCAAAAAUGGCUUUUAAUUACAUUAAAACCUUUGAACAUUAAGCUUGUCAAAAAGGCUCCCUCCUGCAGCUUCCCCUCCACCCCAAGUGUUUUCAGGUAUUUUGGGUCUAGGCACUUGCUGGUCACCUUAUUUUAAUAGCCUCAGUGUAGUUAUUUGUGACAAGGGUGAUUGCCAGCAUUAGUUGGCUUGCACUUUUUUUUUUUUUUUUGAGCUCUGCUGUUUUAUUUAUUUAAAAAAGAGAGGAAUCACUGUGUCUUAGUCGUAACGCUUUCCUGUGCCACCAGGCUACAAAUCACUCUUCAGUGGCAGUUGUGGACUCCCACUGCGGCCUUUCACGUAACUUUUUAGUCCUGUAGUUCUCCUUUUUCCCCCUAUAUUUU